UUAAUACACGUAAAACGAAACACGAGGAACUUUAGCGGAAAAACAAAAUACAAUUUGUUUACUAUAAAGUUUAAAUGAAGAAAUUAUGGUAGUUGUAUUUCAUAUGUUCUUCAAAGGAAAUUAUAUUCGAAUUUCACAGGACAAAAUGGUUGGAGUUGUUGUUACUUUUGAAUGUGUGGUUGAUAUUUGAUUAAAAUAUUUAUUUCUUUCACAAAUAAAUAUAAAUAUAUCGACAUGUCAUUGGAAAAAUAGAUGUCUUACAAAUUCUUUUAUCCCUUAAUAAGCUUCAUAGAAUGAACGAACCACGGACGAUUGUAAAAUCACUAAAAAUUGCGAAUAUUCCAAGAUAUUCCAAGUAAUUGGUAAAUAGGUAACUAUAUUAACCUGUUGGACGUCUGUCUUUCUCCCUAGUCCGGAGCUUUUCCGAAUGCACCUGUCAAACGUGUUUUAAAAGCUACCUUUAUGUAGAAAAAUGUGUUUCCAGCAGCGUCUCUCAUUCGUUUAACGAGAUGUCGGAUUCGAAUUCGCCGAAAACAGAUGCAAGCAGCCUAAGCCUCUCGGGUAACUUGCGACAAUUUCGAUUCCAAAAGAAACAACUGAAACCAUUAAACAUGUCGGAUGAUGAUAGCAAUCAUGUUGGAUCUGAUAUACAAUUUCGACGUAAGGCAGUGAAUGUAAUUGAAGAUAGUGAUAGUGAUGCAGGCAGUCCUUCUAAAAAUAUAGGUUCUUCGGAUCGCAAAGACAAGGAAGUGCAUGGUAAUACAAAUUGGAAUAGUGAUGAUGGCGAAGAAAUGGUCAGAAAUAAGAGAAAGAGGAACUUCAAAGAGCCUCCUAGGGGCAUGAAGAAAAAGAGAAGAAAAUAUAAUAGAGAAGAGGAUGUAGAUAUUGAUUCAGAUGAAGAAAGUUUCAAUAAAGAAAAAGUAUUUGAUAGCGAUGAAGAUUCAGAUAUAGAAAUAUCUAAUGAGCUUACCAAUGAUAAGAAAGCAGUUUUAGAAUUUAUGCAGACUUCUCUUCCAUCGGAAUUGCUUUUAAUGUCUCAGUGUUCUCAAAAAAAAGCAACUGCCAUUAUACAAGCAAGACCAUUUGAGAACUGGAGGGACUUAGUUCAAAAGUUCCAAAAUAAUAAAUAUUUAGAUACAGAACUGUUGAAUUCAGCUCAAGAAUUACUGGCCACAAGACACGCAGUGGAAACUUUGAUGAAGAAAUGCCUUCGUUUGUCUUCAAACAUAGAGAAAGCUGUAGCUGCAGGUGUUUCAGCUAUCACAAAGCAGCCAAAAGAAUUAUCAUCAAAUUUAACAUUAGCUCCAUAUCAAAUGGUUGGUUUAAAUUGGCUGGCUGUGAUGCAUGCACAGAAUGUGAAUGGUAUACUAGCAGAUGAGAUGGGUUUAGGAAAAACAGUACAAGUGAUAUCCUUCCUCACAUAUUUGAAGGAAGCUGGCCUCAGAGGUGAAAAAGAUGGGCCCCAUUUAAUAGUUGUCCCUAGCUCAACAAUGGAAAAUUGGAACAAUGAGUUGGAAAGGUGGUCACCUGGCUUAAAGGUUGUACAAUAUUAUGGUUCCCAAGAAGAAAGGAAAGAGAUGAGACUUGGGUGGCGAAAUGGUGAUCUAGACGACGUUGAUGUUUUGUUAACCACGUAUAAUUUGAUUAGCAGCACACCAGAAGAACGGAGACUAUUCCGAGUUAUGCCAAUUGAUUACGUUGUUUUUGAUGAGGCUCACAUGUUGAAAAAUAUGAGCACUAUUAGAUACGAGAAUCUCGUUAGAAUUAAUGCGAAACAUCGAAUUCUGUUAACUGGUACUCCCUUACAAAACAAUUUAUUGGAAUUAAUGUCGCUUUUAAUAUUCGUAAUGCCGUCGUUAUUUGCUGGAAAACAAGCCGAUUUAAAGAGUCUGUUUUCAAAAAAUCCAAAAGUACCAUCAGUAAAAAACAACAGCGAAAAACCGUUGUUCGAACAAGAACAAGUUAAAAAUGCGAAACAAAUCAUGAAACCUUUCGUGCUCCGCCGUUUGAAGUCUGAAGUUCUCCGAGAUUUGCCUCAGAAAACUGAUCGCGUGAUAAGAGUUCCAAUGACGGAAAAACAAAACAAAAUGUACAGAAACUUAAUAGCUGAAUUUUCAGCGGAAGCUGAUCAAAGCUCGCAAGUGAACGGUAUAGGGAUGAUGAUGCAAUUGAGAAAGCUGGCCAAUCAUCCGUUGCUAGUGCGAGAUUAUUACAAUGAAUCCAAGUUAAAAGUAAUAGCAAGUAGGCUGGCAAAGGAACAUGGGUACAAACAGAAGAAUCCAGAUUAUGUGUUCGAAGAUUUGCAGUGCAUGUCUGACUAUCAGAUCAAUCAAUUAACAAGAACAUACAAAAGUUUAGCUGGAUUAGGUUUACCACAAGAACUCAUUCCUGAAGCUGGAAAAUUAAAAGUAUUAGAUGAGUUACUGCCAAAACUGAAAGAAGAAGGACAUAGAGUGUUAAUUUUCAGUCAAUUUACAAUGGUACUGGACAUCCUAGAAGAAUAUCUAACGAUUAGAGGAAAAUCAUAUUUAAGAUUAGAUGGAAGUACACCUGUAACAGAUAGACAAUUUUUAAUAAAUCAAUAUACCGAAGAUGAAAGUAUAUUUAUAUUUUUAUUAUCUACAAAAGCUGGAGGCUUAGGGAUCAAUUUAACAACUGCAGAUACUGUUAUAAUUCAUGAUAUUGAUUUUAAUCCAUAUAAUGAUAAGCAAGCGGAAGAUCGUUGCCAUAGAGUAGGCCAGACGAGACCAGUUAGUAUAGUUAGAUUAUUAUGCGAAGAUACUAUAGAGGAAGGCAUGUAUGAGGUUGCACAGGAUAAAUUGCAUCUUGAAGAACAGAUUACACGUAAUGAAGAAAACGAGAGCACGGACAAAAAGAGUGUACUGAAGCUACUUAAAAUGACGUUGGGUCUGGAUCAUAAUAGAUCUUUGUCGUUAACUCCAACAAAAAAUGCAAAAACUAGUAACGGGGCAUUAAACAACGAACCGGAGAGCGAUAUAGAAUUCUAAAAGUAAUCUCAUACUGGAACAUAUUUUUUACUAGUUGGAAAAUCAACGUCAUUUUUAUAUAUCUGUUCUUACACUUUGUGAUAAAGUACUGUCGCAAUUGCACAAAGAACGUUUAACCCGAAAAUUCGUCCCAUGUGUUUCUUUAACAAUUAUGCACGUGAAAUUAUUUACGAGCAAUUCUCUAAUUAACUGUAUUUGGGAAUUAACUCCAUGAAUUCUUUCCAUAUUAUUUUGUACAUCACAUGCUAAACUAUUCUUGUAUUUAUAUGGGUAUCUAUUUAGAUGUUUUUAAUUACAAUUCAAUUAUAAUUUUUUUUUGUGUGUUGUGUAUACGUUGAAAUAUUUAAUUGUAUAAGCACUAGGUAAAUAUUGAAGACUGCACAUUGUUCACGAAUAUACAUGGAAAGGGGAUGAAAAUUGAACAUAGACAACAACAAAUUUCUGAUACAAGUAGUUGCAUAAUGUGAAUAAUGUGUUGAAAUAUAUAUAUUUAUUUGAUAUUAUUGUACACAGACAUUCCUCUCGAGAUUAUUUGAUCAAUGUACAAAACCAUUGACGGUGUGCACCGUUUAUCGGAGUUAAUUUAUUUACAUGUAAUGCAUUUCUACUAGAAUUCCAUUAAGGUUUGUCACAUAAAAAGAAUGCUACUACUAGACAAGAUUUACAAGGUUAACGUAUUUAAGAAUUUAUGAUCAGGUGUUAAUAAUACUGAUGAAAAACAUUUCAAAAUACAAUAAAAAUUUUGUAAUACAUGCUUUGUAAUUAUUGUAAUUGUUCAACGAUUGAAUUAUUAUAAAGUGAAUACAAAAUUAAGAAAUUAAAUUUUAACUAAUUCGUAAUACGUGCUCCUCAUUCUUUUAUGCGCCACUCGAAAGUACAACAAUCUUAUUUCGUACAUUACACAGAUUGGCCAUCUAAUUUUCCAUAAAAAUGGAAUAUUCCACGUAAAAAACAAUAUCUUAAUGCAAUAGUAAAUUUCAAUCUCUCCAAAUUUGAUUAAGUAAAUAUUUUUCUUUCCAUUUGUAGCAAAUAU